GCAUCAUCAUUAUUAUUAAUGAUGAUUAUAAUGGCAAACAACUCAGAAGCUGCACCAAAGCUUCGUUCCUGGGAAGAAGCUCAAGGGUUGGCUACAAAACUAGUAGGUCAAAUGUCAUUGGAACAAAAAGUGAACAUCACCACUGGAAUGGGUUUCAACAUUACUCCUUGUGUUGGUAAUACUUAUCCUAUUACUAAUCCUGAUUUCCCUUCACUUUGUCUUCAAGAUGCUCCUCUUGGAAUGAGAUUCGCUUAUAAUGUCACACUUGGUGUUGCUGGUAUUAAUGCUGCUGCUUCUUUUGAUCGAAAGGCUAUGUUGGAACGUGGUGUGUAUAUGGGUCAAGAAUAUUAUGGAAAAGGUGUUCAUGUUCAAUUGGGGCCAGCCAUGAAUUUUAUGAGAAGUCCCGAAGGAGGUCGUGGAUGGGAAUCAUUUGGUGAAGAUCCUUAUUUGAGUGGUGUUGCCUCUUAUGAAACGAUCUCUGGUGUUCAAUCUCAAGGGGUCAUUUCUACUGCAAAGCAUUUUGUUGCUAACGAUCAAGAAAAGAAUCGACAUGAGGAAAGCUCAAAUGUGGAUGAUCGUACUAUGCAUGAAAUUUAUCUUUGGCCGUUUGCUCGCGCCGUCGAAGCUGGUGUAGGUUCAGUCAUGUGCUCAUACAAUAAGGUGAAUGGUACUUCUUCUUGUGAAAAUGAUAUGAUGAAUCGUAUCUUGAGAGAUCAAUUAGGAUUCCAGGGCUUUAUUCAAACAGAUUGGUGGGCUGCCAUGGAAACAGUCCAAUCAGCUAACAAUGGUUUGGAUAUGGUCAUGCCAGGAAAUAUGAAUGCAACCGACAAUUAUUCUCCUUCUUACUAUGGUCAAAACUUGGUAAAUGCUGUAAAGAAUGGGGAAGUCAAGGAGUCUACUGUGACGGAUAUGGCUCAUCGCAUUGUCUCUGCAUGGUAUAAAGUGGGUCAAGACGAGAAUUUCCCCAAAACCUCCCUUAAUAGUUUCCACCCUACUGCCAAAGGAUCUGUCAAUGUAGAAGCCGACCAUAAAGUCAAGGCACGUGAAAUGGGUGCUGCUUCUGUUGUUUUGCUCACAAACAAGAACAAGAUUCUUCCUCUCACCAAAGCCGAUAACAGUAUCUCCAUCAUUGGUAGUGAUGCUUUCAGUGACCCUCUUUUAUUUGAUAGCAAGAAAUGCUCUGACUUUGGUUGUGAUCCUGCCACUUUAGUUCAAGGUUGGGGUAGUGGUUCAGUGACUUUCCCAAGUUAUAUUGUCCCUCCAGUAGACGGUAUUCAAGCUCGUGCUGGAAAGAAUGUCAAGUUCCAAACAACGCGUGACAAUUGGAAUCUGGAUGAAGCCAAGAAGGUCGCACAAGCUUCUGAUAUUGCCAUUGUCUUUGCUAACUCAGACUCGGGGGAAGAAUAUAUUACUGUAGAUGGUAAUGCUGGUGAUCGCAAUAACUUGACCUUAUGGAAUAAUGGAGAUAAUCUGAUUCAAACCGUCGCAGAUGCAAACAAGAAUACUAUUGUUGUCAUCCAUUCUGUUGGUCCCAUUCUUAUGCCUUGGAUUAACCAUCCCAAUAUCAAAGCUGUUGUCUGGCCUGGUUUGCCUGGACAAGAAAGUGGUAAUUCCCUUGCUGAUGUCUUGUACGGUGAUGUCAAUCCUAGUGGUCGUCUUCCUUAUACUAUUGCUAAGAAUCAAAAGGACUAUGCUGCUGCAGCUACUUCUGAUUUGGAGAUCGAUUAUUCUGAAAAGUUGAACAUUGGAUAUCGCUGGUUUGAUGCCAAGGAUAUUGAACCUCUCUUUCCCUUUGGUCAUGGUCUUUCUUACACCAAGUUUGAUUAUGGAUCAUUGAAGGUCAAAUCUGACAACAAGAAGAAUCAAGUGAAUGCUCAAUUGGUUAUUCAAAAUACUGGUAAAGCCGAUGGUGCUGAAAUUGUCCAACUCUAUCUGUCCUUCCCUGAAUCAGCUGGUGAACCUCCCAAAGUACUUCGUGGAUUUGAAAAGGUGUUUGUCAAGAGUGGCCAGAAACAAACCGUCAGUUUUGAACUUUCCAAGACCGAACUUAGUAUCUGGGAUGUUGCUUCUCAAUCAUGGGUGAUUCCUCAUGGUCAAUUCCAAAUUCACGUGGGUGCCUCUAGUCGUGAUCUUCGUCAAACAAGCUCUUUCACCUUGUAAUAUUGUGGUAUGAUCAAUCCGUACAUUUGAUUAGAUAAAGACGUUAAUUUAUUAUUGUUAGUAUUAUUAUUUUGUGUUUUUUUUUUUCCUUUAUUUUAUUUAUUUAUCUUCCAAUAAAACUAUGUAUUGUACUCUUAUUUGAACCAUCCAUGUGUUAUCGUAAGCAUGUUCAUCCUACUUGCUUAUACUUUUUCUUUUUUUUUUUCUUU